AUGCUGGACAUCUUGCCGCUGGCCUCACUGCAGCUGUACGAAAGGCACGUGGAACGUUUGGUCAAGUUAUAUCCUACAGCCUGGCAUUUGGUUGUGCUAUCGGACGAGAAAGCCAGAGGCGGGAAAUGGGCCCGGGUCCGGCUUCGCAUAAGCACGGACAUUGCUGCGGGCAAGGCGGCACCGGAGCUCUGGGACGCAAAGAGGCCCUGGGUUGCAGCACUACAUCAGCUGGUGGGCGACACUGCGUUCUGGGAAGAUCAAGUCCGGUCGCCGGCCAACGCCUGGGUGGCAGCUGGUGGCAGGGGAGCACCCCGAGCAGCAGAGGAAGUCUUCACGGCCUCCCAGGCGAGCGGCGAGAGCACGGACCCGACGGGCCACAAGAAAACGACCAAGGAGAAGCGAGCAGCCAAGAAGCGCAAGGUCCAGGCCGAGAAGGACGAGCUGAAGAACCUCCGGGCCAUCACCGGUGGCAAGGGCAAGCAGGAGGGCAAGGGCACCGACAAGGCCGCCUCCCUGAAGUCCAAGGACCAGGAUCUGCUUAUUGAGCCCGGGCCACCGCAGCCUGGAGUGCCCGCAGCGAUCGUGAGCCAGGCCGGGCUCGAGGUCACCAUCGAGUCCUAUGACCUCUGCAAAGGAGACGACCUGACAGACCCAGCCCUGGUCCGCGAAAUCUUGAGAAAGGCGGAGGCCGGGAAGUACCACGGACCGGUUCGUUCCAGGCAGCACAUCUAUGGCCUCCCCUCGAACACCAGGGCCCAACAGGAUGAAGCGGACAGGGGAACUCUUCUCGAAGUCACCACGGUCCGCAUCCUGGAAGCCGUCGAGAGGAACCAGGCCAAGGACAGCGCGGGCACGCCAAGAACGGUUUCCAUUGAGAACCCUCCGGAAACCAACCAUCCUUUUGCAGGGUCUGCUUACUACCUCCCGGAGAUCGUGAAGUGGACCGUGGGGCCCGGGAUCGAGUUCGCCGACUUCAACAACUGUGUCUACGCGGACCCAGCGCGAGAGGGGCAGCCGUACAAGAAGCCGCAGAGGUUCGUGGGCAAGCUUCGGGGCCUCUCGAGCCUCACCGCCACCUGCACCUGUGGGAAGGGAGCCUAUCACCCGAAGGUCGUCGGAGAAGCGGCGGCGAAGGAUUCAGCCGGCUGCCCGAUUGGCCUGUGCCACGCCUACGCCAAGCUGGUUGUCAAACAAUGGACGGCAGGGGCGCAACCGCCUCGCAAGCGGCCAGCCGAGCAGCAUAGCGAGCACACCGAGGUCAUAGAGGAAGCCCACUGGACAGGCGGCCCGGGGCGCUUUGGCAGUUUGCGCCUCCAGGACACCAAGAAGGCCAGGUCGACCAGCUGUUCGACGAGUUUGUGGCGAAAGUACCGGGCGCAGUGGCAGCAGGUCAGCGCUACGGCACGGAACUACAUUGAGGAGUGGAUGGAAGCCCACUUCGGCGUGUGUUCGAAGCCGGCGAACGUGCAACUCAAGAGCCUCCUCCACUACGACUCGCCGGUCAAUGUGGCCUUGCUAGAAGCGUGGUCGAGACAGGCCACAGACCCCGACCAAGCCGUACUUGCUUGGUUGCGAGAAGGGGCCCCUCUAGGGGCGAAUGUACCGACACCUUCGGUGGGAAUCUUUCCCUCGAAGGAGGAGGACCCAGAGGCCUGGGAGGAAGCCAAGGCCGAGACGCAGGCAUGGGAAGCGCGACAAAACUACGGCUCCUUCACUGAGAACCCGGGGGAUUCAGAGGAGGAGAUGAAGCGGCUCAUGGACCUCGGCUAUGUCAAGAAGAUCACCGAAGAGCAGGCCAGGAAUUAUUUCUCGGCCCCGGUGAUCUCGAAGUUGGGCCUCCUCGUCAAGACCAAGACAGACGGCACGGUCAAGCGCCGGGUCAUCGUAGACGCGCCCCGGUCGGGAGCAAAUCGGAAGGCCCGAUGCCCGGAGCGCAUCGUGCUACCCCGCCCGCAGGACGUCUACGCCAUGGGAGCAGACCUCAAGGCACAAGAACCACAGCUCCUGGAAUGGUAUAGGGCCAAGCGCCUGCCCACGAGGGAGCGGGGCUCAGAGCUGGUGGCAGCGGACCUCACGGACGCCUUCACCCACUUCCCAGUGCACCCGGCCGAGCACGAGCAAUGCCUGUCUCCGGCGGGGGACGGCAAGAACUGCUACGUCUUCGUGGCCAUGUUUUUCGGGCAUAAGUGUGCGCCCUUGAUCAUGUGUCGGCUGUCCGCUUUGCUUACCAGGUUGCUGCAGGGCAUGUUUUGGCAGGCAGAGCUGCAGCUGGCGACCUACUUAGACGACCCGCUCACCGCACUCGUGGGUUCGCGGGAGCGCCGGGUGAGAAACUUGAGCCUCGUCCUCCUCACCCUGGGCGCGCUGGGUAUAAGGCUGGCCUGCACAAAGGGGCGAGAGGUCCCGCAGAAGCUCCGAGACGAACUCCUUGAGAAGCUGGACAAGUGGGCGAGUGGAGGCAUGAUCCCCGUGAGCCAGCUGCGCACCUUUGCCGGGAAAUUGACGUGGGCGGCAGGAAUAUACAGGAGGGCCCGGUGGGCGGUCUCCAUCGUCUACGGCGCCAUCGCCGCCCACGAGAACGAAAUCCGUGAAGGGACAGAAGCGACCAGGAGGGCGGCCCGGCCGGACAGCAGGCCCAAGGACUUCCUCAUCCCGGUCAAGCGUUUCGAGCUGGCGCGGGCCUGGCUGGCAACCCUUUUCAAGGAGAGGCGGCCGGUCCACCCAAUCCUUGUGGAAGCGGCCGGCAUCACUCAUGAUCGUGCCUACGAGUACCCUGUGGAACAAGACGACGCGGCCUUGCUGGGGUUCUUGUACAAGUCGCACAAGAGCCAGAGCUUCCAGGAGGCCUUGGCCGUGUUCUUGGCGUUGCGCGAGUGGGGCCAGCUGAUGGCAUCGAUCAAAAUAGGCGUGGCCAUCCGGUCGGACUCCACAGUGGCGCUCGCAAUUUUGGAGAAGUCCGCCUCCACAAGCCCGGCGCUCAACUACCUGGCGGCGGAGAUGGCCCUGCUCCUCGAGAAGCUGCAAAUAGGCGACCUGGAACUCUCUCAUGUGCAGGGCAAGAUGAACGUUUUGGCGGAUUGGUUGUCUAGAUUGGCCUAUGGUGCCGACAACGAAGAGCUCAACGAGAACCGCCGCACCAAGCAGAUCAAGAACGCCUUCAAGGAGGACCGCCGCUCCAACCAGAUCAAGAACGUUUUGGAGGACGACCGGAAGCAAGCGAGAGCCCGAGGACACAGCGAGGAGGCCCAGAUCCCGGACACCACGAGGCAACUUGUACAUGCACCAGGCCCGCUCCGACAGCUACAUGCUUGGGUGGCAGGGGGCGCGUGUCGACGACGGCAGGCGAGCUCUACGACACCGACCAGCCUCCACAUGGGAGCGGGACGUCGGGGAAGAGACGACCAGGAGAGAGGCGGCAACUCAAGCACCCGAGGGCCCCACCUGGGAACCGGAUGCGGGAUAUGGGCUCACCUUGGGCCGACAGACCACCCCACUGUCACGACUCAUGGAAAGAAUGGCGGCCACCGACGGCAACCAGACUUCGCAGACCUGGCCCUACGGCGGCUAGGCGACGACAGAAAGCACAAGGCCACCUUGGGCAGGUCACCGGCAAUGUUCACGGGUCCCUUACCUCAGCAGAAGACUCGGGAGAAAGCAAGCCGCUCACUUCCCAAGGUUGCGGCGGAAACCUGCCUGCUCCCGGCCACGAACAACGGCGCUAAGUUCAACACCCUCAACGUCGCCCGCGACAAGGAGGUCCGCGCCGACGCGGUCGAUGAGUUGAAGGCCAAGUUCUAUGCGGACUCCAACAAGGCCUUUCCGCUCACCCCGCAGCUUGUGCUGGAGUUCGGCUUAUCACUACAGGCGGCGGGCUACAAGUCGGGUGAGCAAUACCUGGGCGUCCUCAAGCUUGCCCACGUGGAGAGGGACCACCCGGCCGAGGACUUCCCCCUGCAUGCGGUGAUCCACGACCUCGUCCCCAACGAGUCGAUGCUCACCUACUGCCUGGCCUUAGCGUUCAUGCUUAGAAGGUGCGAGCUGGAACAGAUGAAAUGGAGCGACCUGGUGUGGAACCUGGUGUGGAACGACUCUCAGGUCACCCUGCUCAUCAAGAAAUCCAAGACGGACCAGGCAGCCAAGGGAGUGAAACGCACCCUCGGCUGCACGUGCAGAUCCUCACCGGCAACUUGUCCAGUGGAGCUCGUCAAGAAGCUCGCAGCUGAGGUGGACAAGGCCCUCCCCGGCUUCCGCGACAACCACUCCUGGGUAGCCUGCUCCACGGAAGGGAACAAAGUCGUCAAGGAGAAGCUGGUAGCAGCAUGGUCCAGAGCGGCAGGCAGAACACUACGCGGCCACAGCCCGAGGCGCUCAGGCACCAUGUUCUACGUCAGGGCGGGCCUCACCAUCGCCGAGGUCACGUAUCUGGGCAGAUGGCACUCGAACCUCGUCUUCCAGUACGGUGAAGAAGCCUGGGAAGGCCGCCCCAUGAAUAAAGCGGACGAGCUCGAAAAACCCAUGCCCCAGACCGACAAGGAGCACGUCCGCCAUGAGGUGGCCGAGGAGCAGCCACACCACGAUGAGGGCGACAGAACAAAGGCCGUCUUCGUCGAGGACCUCCAGUCGGUAAAGCCAAGAUGGGUGAGGACCUCGGGAAGGUCCAAAGUCGUGCACCUCCUGGCGGCCACACCGGAAAUUCGUCGGCGACUUGGAAAACCAAGGGACAAGUCCCGCGGCAAGCCAGAUGGUGUG